AUGAAGCCGAGGAGCAAAGCGCUUCUCAGGAAGCGAAGGAGCAAUGCGCCUCCCAGGAAGCCGAAGGCGCGAGGCGGCCCCCGGAAAGCCGAAGGCGCGAGGCGCUUCCCAAGAAGCCGAGGAAGCAACGCGCUUCCCAAGAAGCGAAGGAGCAAUGCGCUUCCCAGGAAGGCGAAGGCGCGAGGCGCUUCUCAAGAAGCCGAGGAGCGAUGCGCUUCUCAGGAAGUCGAGGAGCGAUGCGCUUCUCAGGAAGUCGAGGAAGCAACGCGCUUCCCAGGAGACCGAAGGCGCGAGGCGCUUCCCAGGAAGCCAAGGAGCGAUGCGCUUCCCAAGAAGCCGAGGAAGCAAAGGAACAAUGCGCUUCCCAGGAAGCCGAAGGCGUGA